AUGACAGCGACCUUCCGCUCUUUGCGCGCAAAGAGGGACGUACUAUGGAGUAAGAUCAGGCACAGCGAUAGGACCCCGUGGGUUACGGCUUGCACGUUCGCUGUCCUGUUAGCUGUCGUUCUGGGAAUUCCCCUUGGUUGGAGAUUCCGAGGAAAGGAAUUGAAUCUUGAAGUACCUUCCAGCUGGGAAGGGAGAACCCUUUCCACUGGACUUCAACUCAUCACCGCAGAUGCAUCGGUUGGCACGGCGACAUUCCAAUGGAAUAUCUACAGCGAUACUUGUAUCACCAAUGCGAAGUCCAGCGAUGACAUCACGGAUAGCAAUUGUCCUCUUGUCAAUAUCUUUAUGGACCCGAACUCUAUGAGCGGCAGCUCCGACUCUAACUCCCCCGCCUCUAAUAAUCGUCCAACCCAACCGCUCUUUCAAUUCAACGCUACCGCCUUCGAAUUUGACGACUUCUCCAGUUUUUCGAUGUUCCGGACAACAAUGUACUUGGAGACAAGGGAAACGACACUGGAAGCCAGUUUAGAAAACUACCCAUUCGACAAAUAUGUGGUCUCACCCUGGAUAUUUGCGUCUUCGAAUGACACUGGAGAAACGGUUGGAAUAUUUAUUGGGUCCAUGAAUGGGAUCGCAGUUGGCUUCCAGGCGCACGUGAAGAACAACGACUUUACAUAUAGCACUAACACAACAGAGGUCUAUAUCACUGUCAGCCGGUCGACACUCGUCAAGACAUAUGCGGUCACCAUCGUUAUGACCAUGUGGUUGGUCUCUCUCGUGCUGCUCGCUAUUAUGGUGAAGGGCGUUAUUAUGGGAAAAGGUCAAAAAGUCGAGAUCCUUGUGGUGCCCAUCACAACACUUUUUGCCUUCACGCAGUUGAGAGGCACAAUGCCAGGUGCACCACAGUCCUUCGGUGUAAUUAUCGACUUCGUUGGAACAUUACCGAGUCUCGUCUUUCUGGGACUCACCGCUUUAUGCUGUCUUAUACCGUUCCUCUUCGAUCAUGAUCCCGAGAAACCUCGGGGUCAUCAUCUCAAAGACGCCGCGGAAGAGAAUCACCCCAAUGGCGCCAAGAAUAACGAUACUCGUCCCGGCUUCAUGUCUCAACGAGCAGAUAACGGUCUGUAUAUCCCUAUCUCGCUUGAUUUGUACGAAUCGACAGUCGUCAAUCAAACACCAGGGAGUACUAUAUCCAGGAAGGAUUCCGACUAUUACGACCCGUACAGCGCAAAGUCGUCGAGUAACAUUUACCCGCCGCCCAGAUGGACGACCUCCCAUAACAGCCUUGAUCACACACUCCUGACACGUAUGGGAUCACCGGGUGAGGUUCAGACUGCCGGGAUGGAUGCAUUUUCCGACAGGCCAGUCGACUCGGAGGAUCACAUAGGUGCACCUCCUUCAUCUGCACCUCUGCCGGGAACUCGUAAGGGUUGA